CCUUUUCAUGUAAAUGGUCAUUUUGCCCUAGAUAAGGCCAGGACAAAGCUAUGGAAUGAAGGAAUACGAAAAUCGUGGAACGAUUUUGUUAUUGCGGAAUUACUGAGUAGAGCAUGCAUAUCAGCUGUUCAGUAUAUGAAAAAUGAAUUUGUUUGCAAGCAAUUGGCUGGAAUGCUGGACAAAAAAGUCAAAUUAAUAGCUUUUGAAAAGUAUCAUGAGUUAUUCCCACAUUGGGAAAAGGCAACAGACUUGUAUUGGAAAUCUCUUGUGAGUAAUUUUUACCGAAUAGUUACCGAAGAAGAAAUUGAAAUAUUUCCGGUUAUACGUGCAACAACAUCACAUAUUGACACCGACCGAUCAACUGAGGACGUACAAGAACUACAAUUGCAUUGGGUAUCACUUUCUAGAUCAGAAAACGAAUUCAGUGGUACGUUCAAUGUCAUAUCGAAAUAUGUAGCUUCACAAUAUGCUGAGGGGAAACCAUUUUCUAAAUCAGAUGCACAAUCUGUUGAAAUCACACUAAAGAAAAUGGGAAUGAAAGUUAUUGAAACACCUCUGUGGGUGAGUCAUGCACUGAGCAAGUCUGGCAUUAAAUAUAUCCCGGCAUGUUCACCUGAAUAUGUCAUAUCAUUUUUAAAAACUUUUGAAGAUGAAAACGAGAGCACUUGUCAUCUGGGGAAAACAAAUGCGUUACUGUCAGAAACAACGAUUUCUAGUUUGAUGGCUUUGCAAAGCAUGUUAAGAUAUGUUAUAAAAUCCCACUCAUUUAAAGAGAAAGUAGAAGGUUUACCACUAUGUUUAACAAAUAGUGGUUUAUUACAAAUAUACACCAGAAAUAUGCCAAAGUUUUGUUCUGAUAUGUGUGAUGUUUUAAGUGGAUCAGCUGAUCAGUUUGUAAAUUCUCAGAUAUUACUUUUGGUGGAUCGGAAAGAGUACUAUGAAGCAGGAGUGAUAAAAAACUUCGAAGUAACAGAUUUUGUUUCAAACAUAGCUGAAACAUUUGAUCCCUCAGUCUUUGAGACUGGACAUCACUUGUUGUGGAAUAAAGAAUUAGGUGUUCCUUUGAAACCAGGAAUCCUGGAAAGAAUAUUUCUGUUUAUGUACAGAAGAUCAUUGGAAAUGGUAGAAUAUUGUAAUGAAGCAAUAGUGAAUCACAAGCUGUUCCAAGCCAACGUCGAGAAAUUGAGCAACUGGUCUUUGGUGCCUUCUUGCUACGGCUUUGGGUCUGAAAAAAAGUUUGAACUUGUGCCCGUUUGCAAAACAAACCAUCUAUUCUACAGAGGUUUCGGAAACGAUGAUUUGUUAAAAGUCGUAGAAAAGUUUAAUAUUCCUCAGCUCGAUGUUCUCGCGUUUUCCGAUAUUGGAAAGCAGAUAAUUUAUCCUUUACAAAAAAUGCUGCCUUCAACUGAUCGUCCAGUAAAGUUACUAGAAUGCUUGCUUUAUUAUAAAGCAAGAAUUCAGGCAAGCGCAUUGAAUUGUGAUGAAGGUAUUUCAGUACUGAGUUUUUUUGACGAUAGAAUAAAUCAUAUGAAGAAACAUAUGAAUGAAAAUACGUUGCGAAACAUGUUUAGAAACCUGCCACUCUAUGUUUCUCAUCAGAGGGAAGUAGUUAGUAUCGAAGGGUAUAGUGACGUGGCUGUGAUGCCGUAUGGUAUACCUUACGAUGGGAUAGAUGUCUGGGCCCAGUCAACCCGUAUUGUACUUCUAAAGGACACAGAGAAACUAAUCAAUUUAUAUCAGUUUUUACAUCUUCCAAGAAAAACAGAACUAGAAGUAUAUACAGAGAAAAUUAUACCAAACUUUAAUCACUUUCCGCGAAAUACGUGGAAAACCCACAUUGAAUAUAUUAAGAAUACGAUUUUAAAAACAUCCUUCAACCAGGCUUUUGAUACGAAACAAUGCCAUCUUGUAAACCAACUGAAAGCCUUAUCCUUUGUUAGAGUAUCUGGCGUAGAUAAAAAGGUAAAUGAGCUUUACGACCAAAACAAUCCUGUUUUCUCUUGUAUGCUUCAUGACGAUUGCUUUCUCCCCCAUGAAUACCAAGACGAUUCAUGGCUUGACUUUAUGGAGAAAUUAGGACUUGUAAUGGAACCAAGUGAUGAAAUGCUGAUUGAUUUUGCACACAGUCUAGAGGCAAAAAUUAAUAGCCCAAUUAACGAUGUAACGAAAGAACAAUCCAGUGCAUUGGUCGAUUGUCUUUUUUCUAGAAACUGGACGGACACUCUUGAAAGAAUAAAAGAAAUACGAUUUAUUGUACCUUUCAAAGUUGAUUUGCAAAGAAGUAUGAUAGCAAAACAGCCGGGUAAUGGAGAAUUACUCAUUUGUUUUUCCGACACGGUAUCUUGCGAACAUGCUGACUACUGCUGGUCAAGUCUCAGUCUGCUUUCCAGUGUUCCUCCAUCAAUGAAAAUGCUGAAAGGUCUUGGCAUUCAUGAAUAUCCGCCUAUUAAUCGUGUUGUUCAGCACUGUCAGAACGUCACGGAAGUUUUUAAAGUAGAACUAGAGAAGGAGAAGCCAAGAGUCUGCUCUAACUUUGUUAAAUAUCAGAUGGAAAAGCUAUAUGCAGUUCUGCAUAAACAGUAUGAUCCGAAAGUGCAGCAGAAAAUCCAAGUUACUCCUAUCGUUUUCCAUCCAGAGGAUGAAAGGAUGUUACCUGUCAAACAAAUUGUUAUCAAUCUUACAGCAGAUGAAGAGGUCAGACCAUAUUUGUACAAGCUUCCAAACUGUUUUGGUCCAUACGAAGAUUUUUUUCACAUGUUAGGUUCACACAAAAUUCCUAUGUGUUCCGAUUACUGUUUGGUCUUAGAGAAAAUCAAGGACCAGUUUAAAGAUGGACCUGUUCCUCCAAAUAAACUAAUGUGUAUGAAGAAAUCCCUUGAAAAUAUUGUCAAACUUCUCGAUAAAGAACGCGAACCGUUCGGGAAUGUGAAACACAUUUUCAUCCCAGAUAGGAAUAAUGUCCUUAUUUCCUCAAAAGAUUUGACCGUUUCAAACAACGAUACUAUAGAAGAACGUCUUGAAGGAAAAGUACCUAUACAUUUCUUCGUAGGAUUCAGAGAAAUGGAAAUACUUUGUGUACAUGACCCGGUAGAGCCUGUCCUUAGAUGGCCUGAAAACCUAAGACCAGAUAUACUGACAGAAGUUGUUACUGAACAAAUUUCUGCUGACAAUGUUGUUCAUGAAGAAUGCAUGGAGGCACAGCGAAUAGAAAGUCUUUUAAGAACUCCACAGUUUGUAGAAGCAGUUUUGCGCUUAGUAAAACAUCAAAUGAAAAUCAACAAAGCCACUUUCCAACAAAACUUUGCACAUACCUUAAUGUCUCGUCUUACAAAUAUACGAAUUACAAAAGUUACAGGACUAAAAACAUUCCUAACAUAUAAAGGAAACAAAGUUGAUGGUACUGAUGCAAAUGCAUCUUGCUUCAUUAAAUCUGAAAUAAAAAAGAAUGCAGAAGGUGACGAAAUCAAAGAGCAUGAACUUUAUUUUCAAAUAAAUGCUGAUGAUGAACUUUUGUCUACUUUGUUAGACGAAAAACACGGGCUUUUAAAACUAAUAGACUUGUGUACAGAUGGUAUACUUGGAAAGGAGAUGUAUCAAUGUCUUUCAUCAAGUCUUCAGUUGCUCGAACAGCCAUCAAAUAUCAAGCGGAAACUUGAUAAAAUACCAAUAGAUGCUUACGACCUUCCUUCUACAUGGAAUGUGUCGGUGUUUCCUAGGCCAGGAACAUACGUGGAAGAAAAGUUUCAUUCUUUCUUAGAACAAAGCAUUUCUCCAUUUAAACUACAUGACUACAUGUACGUUGCGCUUGAAGUAGAGGAUGCCGACGAUUCCAUAGAUCCUUUGUAUAUUUAUGCUCAUAUCGUGAGUGAAAACAGGAGAACUCAAGGUGACUCAGUUCUUAGAGUUACAUACAAUGUGAACGUUGGGCGCAGUGAAGGUUUGAUAAUUGUGCCAUUAUACCGCUUAUACAGAUUCAAAUCCAAACAGCCGGAGGAAGUCAAUGCCUUAGUCGUGUACGACAUUGAACCAAUAGGUUCUGUCCCUAUAGAUGAAAACUUCCGUCGUGUGCGACAAAUGCUUACAGAUGCCUGGACAAUGGAUGAAAAGGAGCGGAAAAGAGUUAUUCGCCGUUUAUUGACGCAGUGGCAUCCUGAUAGAAACAGAGAUCACCGGGAAUAUGCUCAGCGGCUUUUCAACUACAUACACGAAGUAGUUAUAAAGUUAAAGCACAACGAACUAAUCGACGAGGUCAUUACCAAUGAUACAGGUAGAAUGCCACCAGAUAUGUCCCGUUCACCUUUUGGAUCGGCAGACACCGCUGCAGUUUACGACAGAGGAUGUAGGCUUGCUGCUGGUUUUCGUGAUAACAUACAAGAUUACAACAGGUCAACACGAACAGGAAACUUCGUACAUUAUAAAGCAGAGGAGGCAGUGGUGCGACAUGUUGGAGAAGCGAAACGAUGGCACCGUCAAGCAGUACAGGAUUUUAAAGCUGCCGAGAGUAACGUUUUUACUGGAGCGCAAGACCAAAGCUUUAACUGGGUGUGCUAUAAAUGCCAUCAGGCAUCAGAGAAGGCGUUGAAAGCAGCAUGGUUUGCAAAGAAUGCAAACAGGGCAACCAGACGAAAACACUCUCUUACAGCGAUCGCGAUUGGUCUGGAUGAUGGAUCUUUGCACAAUGAGGUCAGUAGUUUAGAAGGGAUAACUGGAGAUUACUCGAGCAUGCGGUACCCAGACGCUGUCGUCGGACGUAUUCAAAUACCUUCGGAAAUAUUUGAUAGUACAAAGGCCGAAAAGGCGAUUGAAAUCACGAAACGCAUACUAGACCUGGCGGCCGAUUUCAUCGACUAGCCUUAAAGAAAAACAGUUUUAAGCACAUUAGUGCCUAAGAACAUCGUGACGUGACAUUAACAGUAAUUACAUCACUUUACAUAUUGGCGAACUAUUUAAAAAGAUAAUGAAAAAAAGAUUAUAACUCAUUAGUUUAAUAUAACUUGUGUAAUAAUACAUAGUUUAAGUUGUUAGUUUGAACGAGUCCAUUUGACGUUUAUUUGCGAAGUGAGUGCUUAUCAGAAAAAUAUCUUUAUGUAUGCUUGUGAGGUUUUACCUUCUUCGAAGGAAAUACUUAUUCUCUGUUUUCCCUAAUGCCAGUAUUUUAUUUUUGUUUUGCAGUCAAUCUAUAUACACAUAUAAAAAAGU